AUGCAGAAUCUCACGGCGUUAUCUAUGUCAUUGACUCGACUGAUGAGGAGCGGUUGGGUGAGUCAAAGGAGGCUUUCGAGAAAAUGAUCCGCAGUGAAGCUCUUGAAGGGGUUCCUCUGCUUGUGCUGGCAAACAAACAGGAUGUCCAGGACUGUCUGUCUGUCCCCGACAUUAAAACAGCGUUCAGUGACUGCGCUUCUAAAAUCGGUAAACGUGACUGUGUGGUGCAGCCCUGCUGUGCUUUAUCAGGCUUUCUCUCCUUCCUCAUCCAUCACUCUGCUCUCCUCCCCUAUUAUACACACCAGCAGCCGUGCGUCACUCCUUCAGUGCAUUUCCUCUCCACUUCAUUCUGUUCAUCUCUCCGCUCAGUAUCCAUCCACCUCCAGCAGCAGUAUGGACAGCACAGUUUCAGCAUACUCUGAGAAGCUGAGAGAGAUGUCAAUGUUGUCUCUCAUCUGCUCUUGUUUGUAUUCCCAACCUCAUCACAACGCCUUCGGUCAGUUCGAAGAUAUGGAGGUGAAAUCUCUGAACAAGCGAACAUCUGGUCAGGCCUUUGAGGUCAUCCUCAAGAGUCCCAUGGCCCUGUCUCCAGAGAGACCCCAGACCAUGGCACUGCCAACCCAGAAGAAGGAGCCCUCACUGGGGGAACUCCAGAAGAGACUGGAAGCUGCGGAGGAGAGAAGAAAAUCCCAGGAGAAGCAGGUCCUGCAGCAGUUGGCAGAGAAACGGGAGCACGAGAGGGAGGUGCUCAAUAAGGCCCAGGAAGUGAACAACAACUACAGCAAGAUGACGGAGAAGAAACUCAACCAGAAGAUGGAGCUGAUCACAGAAAACCGCAUGGCCCAUCUCAGUGCUCUCAAGCAGCGUCUGAGAGAGAAGGAGAUCCAUGCUGCAGAAGUGCGCAGGAAUAAGGGACUUCACACAGAGCUUUCCGGCUAAGACACCCCCCAACCCCAUCCAAUCAUGACUGAAUUUGGAGAAGGUCACUUUCUUAGGGCAAACUGUCUUGAAGAAUUCAUACCAGACUCACUGUAUUGAUUUUCCUUGUAUCUGAACAUAUUUAACAUUCUACAAAUGUCCCUGCUGAAACACAACAGUUUAGACCAGUUUCAGUUCCAAGAUGGAUUUAACUGGACUGAGAUGGGCAAAGUCUAGUUCUGUUGCACAUAGACCAAUUUAACCACUAUAGCUAUUAUGGGUGACAAGGUAAAACCAGCAUGAAAGUGCCCACGCUGGUUUAUGCUGUUUAUUAGCAGGGCGAAACUUACAAAAAGCAAAAUUCUUAUCUGCCCUGCACUUUAUCAGAUUUGACUGAUUCACAUUGGUAGUUUAGACUCAUUUCAAUGAUCAUUGAUUUGUGUUUCAGUGACCAACAAGAAAAAUGUCUAAGCUUAGUGCUGCUAACUGAAUGCUGAAAAUCAAACCGAAUAACAAGAUUAAAACAUUAAAGGUUGGUAAGAAAGAGUCUCUGUCAUUUUUACAACAAAGGAAAAACUGAGAAUACACCCAGUGGAUGAUUUAUGAUGAUAGCAUGUCAUAUUUAUUUCUUCUUGUUUAUCACCCUCAGGCGAACUUUUCUUUACUUCCUGUCAUCCUUUCAGUUGGCUCACUGAUGUUUGCAUAAUUCUUCUAACCAGUAGUUUACCAUAUUUUAUCUCCUGACUAUCUGUAUAGUUUCUCUUAAUGUUCUUUCAUGUCUGUUUUUGUAUAUGUGUCCAAUGUGAAACACUGGCCAAAUUCUAUUGAAAUU